AUGUCGACUGCUCAAACAGCGACGUAUUCCUCCUCCUCAUCCUCCCACGGCCAUGGUCAUUCGCACAAGAAGACGUCGUCACGAUCCUCGAGACCUUCGACGACGCCUCGACUUCAUCCCAUGGCUGCUUCCGUCGGUCAGGCACAUCCACCAUUAUUAUCCCCAAAGGGAAAGUCGCCAUAUCAGAAAGAUCCCAAGAGCCCCAGUCCAAGCUAUUUUGGCUUCGUUGUAGGCAACGAUGACAGUAUACCCCCGGAUUCAAAUCCCGGUCACCACGCACGACAGAAUUGGAACUUCCCAUCUUCUAACGCGCAGAGCACGAGUAACAACGCCCGACACGUUCCCGUAGAAUCAAACCCCGAGUUCGAGGCGUUUAGACGACAGUCCGAGCAGGGCAUAUUUACAUUACACACCGGAUCGUUCAGCAGCCUGACCAAUUUGGCUUCGAAACCACCUCAAAUACGGACAUUGUCCUCCACCGUUUCCGGGCCACAGUCGCCUAUUUCUCCCACCACCAAGCGUCCUCAUUUGGACCGGGGCCAUCAAUCUGCCCAGAGCCUGGCUCACAAAUCGACGAGGAAUGCGGAUUCCUUCUUCGACUUCCCACAGCAAGGAUCGCCCAUGAGUUUGACCCCGAGACAAAGUGUCUCAGACGAACAUCGGGCACCCCGAAUGUCUCUGCCGCUGAACGAUCUUCAGGCACCUAGUCUCGACCUCACCAAGGUCAGGUCCGAUACUCUGCCACCCAAGGCUGAAGACAAGCCGCCAUCCAUGGUCAGUCCCACAGCAGUGGCCGAUCUUUUAAGACAGAAUCAGGACGUCCUUAUCCUCGAUCUCCGUGUCUACCAGCAGUAUGUCACGUCAAGAAUAAAGGGCGCCCUCAAUUUGUGCAUACCUACGACAUUGCUGAAGAGGCCAUCCUUCACGACGAAGAAGCUCCUUGAGACCUUCUCCUCCGCCGCUGACAAAGCGAGGUUUGAGAAGUGGCAGCAGGUCGAGUACAUCCUGGUCUAUGAUGCGUCGUCCUCUAUGUCCAAGGAAGCGGUCAUACCCUUCAACGUCCUCAAGAAGUUUGCUGCUGAAGGCUGGAAGGGUAAUGGAUUGGUCGUCAAGGGCGGUCUGCAAGCCUUCGCCAGGGUCGAACCUGAUUUUGUUGAACGAGGACCAGUCAGCCGUCCCGCUGAUCACCCCAACUCGCCGCUCACGAUUGCUCCACCAGCUCACGACAAGUUGCCCGUGGCCGGCGGCUGCGCCAUGCCUUCCACCGGGAGCGCUGCCAACCCAUUCUUCGGCAACAUCCGACAGAACAUGGAUUUGCUCGACGGCGUUGGCCAAAUGGCCGUGCAGAAGCCUUCUCACAUGACCGAGACUGCUAAGAACACAAUGCCGGCGUGGCUGAAAGACGCUUCAAGAACAAGUGAUGAGGGCAAAGACGUGUCCGACAAGUUCCUCAAGAUUGAGAGGUCUGAGCAGAAGCGUAUGCAAACCGCUCUGAAUGCGAGGGUAUCGUAUGGAACACCAGGGUCCGAGACACCAAAUCGUGUGCAAGUGGCAGGCAUCGAGAAAGGGUCGAAGAAUCGGUACAACAACAUUUUCCCGUACGACCAUUCGCGAGUACGGCUGGAAGGCUGCACGAGCACUGAAUGCGACUAUAUCAAUGCGAACCAUGUCAAAGCAGAGUACUCCAACCGACAUUAUAUCGCAACCCAAGCUCCGAUCCCAGCAACAUUCAAUGACUUUUGGCGAGUAGUAUGGGAGCAGGAUGUACGGGUCAUAGUCAUGCUUACAGCAGAGAAUGAAGGUGGUCAACUGAAAAGCCAUCCCUACUGGAAAGCUGGAGAGUAUGGUGCGCUAAAAGUCAAGCUGCUUUCCGAGCGGACUGUUUCUCUAGAUGGCGAUGCGCCUGCCACACCCAAAACACCCGGCAGCUCGCGGCCUAGUCUUGGCAUGAGAAGAUCAACCACCAACACCAUCCACAAAGACUCGAAGGACAGCAAGACCACCGAGAAGCCCGCCGUGGUUGUCCGCUCGUUCUCUUUGACCCAUUCCAGCCGCCCUUUCGAAAACAUGCGACAGGUCACUCAGCUUCACUACAGCCAAUGGCCCGAUUUCGGCGCGCCUGCUAGCCUACAGCGCUGCUGA